AGAUCCCUAUUGAGCGAAUGUGAAUGUAAACAAACCGUCACAACGUGAUAGCUUGCAUUCGUCGGUGAUUUCUCCCCCAAAUGAAUCAACGUUUUCAUAAUUCAAUUGUGCGAAUAUGUUGUCCAACUUAAUUGUAACAACUCAAAGACUUGUUGUAAUUCUUGAUGAUGUAGGUCGAGAGAAUAUUUCACAGAAAUUUCUUACACAACUUCUCAAAGAACAAGGAGAAGAUGGUUUCAUAAAAACCUAUCCCUUGAAUGGUCAGUUAGAUGGUAUCAAUGAAUUGCAAAAAUUCCUAGCUGAGAAUAGCAGCACCAAGUUAUCGGAAUGCAAAAAAUGGAACGUUAUUUUACCAAAUCUUUCCGAUUGGUUGGCAUAUCAAAAACCUUGCGAAAUCUUCUGUUGUCUAAACAAGCUGAAGAAAAACGAAAAUACUAAAAGAACGUUUCUUUGGAUUUCGAAGCAGCAUCUGCUCAACGAUCAUGCAUUGUUUUUAGUCGCUGCUUGUGAAUAUAUGGCAGACAUUGUAUUGAAUCUGCAAACGAAUAAGGAGCUAACGGUUUUAACAAGAAAACCCGGCGGCGGAGUUACAAAUAACCGUUAUACAUAUACCAAAACUAAAAAGGAAUUUAUGGUCCAAUUAAAGAAGUCUGAUGCUGUGUCAAAGAAUGCCAACGCAGCCGAUAUGGAUAGCGACAAAAAAGAACAAAUUGGAACAUUUAAAAUCGAAUUGGAUGAAGAGGAAAUUAUGGCGCGAAAUGCCAUGAAAAUGCCCUAUGAAAAGGCAUUGGAAGCCACUGAGAGCAACAUUAUUUACACUCCCGAUGCUGCCGACGAUUUUGAUGAUGAAGAUCCCGACGAAGAUUUAAAUAUUUAAGUCAUGCCAGCAAUUAAGGGAUAUAGUUCUAAUUAUUAUACAUAACUUUAGUUAGAUAUAUAGAGUGUAAUAAUUUAUACAUAUUUUUUUUAUAAUUGAAGAUGUAGAACAUUUGGUUACCAAUGAAAAUGAAUGCAGUGAAAGAAGUUUAUCGCGUUAAUUAUUACAAUGAUGAAUUGCGUUUUAAACGUGAAUAGCAAAGAAACUUAAAAAAAUAAUAAAUUAAGGAUAUUGGUUAUUACAAUAUUGCCAACUUAUGUGCCAAAUUCCACUUUGACAGAACCUAUUUUUGUUUCUGCGUGUUGAUAAUUAAA